GGAUGCUUUUCACUCUCAGCCCGCCGCACCGCUCCUCUGACUAACUUCUGUGCAGAUGGCUCAACUCAAUGUGGAAGAAAGUAAAGCUACCGGACGAUGUUUGGAAGAGUGGCGCUGUUAAAGAGGAGAUCCUACGAUGAAAACGUGGACUCUGGAGCUGAAACUGCCGAAUCUGACUGCAGCCUGAUGUCAUCCUCUGACAUUGAGCUUGUGACCAGUCGGGUCAGGCAGCAGCGGCAGCCUCAGCUCCUGCCGAUGAACUUGCAUCUGCUGGCCAACCCCGGGGACUCCCUGCUGCUGCAGCACAGCCUGGACCGCCUGCUCCGCUGGCUCUGCCCCAGCCUCCGCAUCUUCCACGUGUCCGAGAGGGCCUCCCCAUUCAGGAGCUACACACACCUCUGUCCUGUGGCAGGCUACCCUUCUGUGGCCAUCACCUUCUUCCUCCAUGAGGCCUACGGAGAGGAGCGGAUCCUCAAAGUGCUGGACUUCUUCCAGCACCCGCCCUGGCAGUACCACCACACUGAGACCGGGGGGGUCCACAUCAGCUCCAACAGCUCGUCCUCCAACGCCAUGCUGCGGCCCUACCUCCUGCCCAGCAGAGACUUCUACAGUUUGGGGGCAGGCAUGCCUGUGUGGGGGGUGCGCCCAGUCCACUGUGGAGGAGAGAUACUCCGUGUGACACUCUACAGUGGAUACGACAACUACGAGGACGCCGUGCGGCUCUAUGAGACGGUGCUGCAGCGGCAGGCGGAGGAGCAGAAGACCGGUUUCUGCUGGUUCACGCUCCACUCGGAGCCGGGGCUGUGCAUGCAGCUGGCGUUAAAACAGCUGUCUCCAGGGGUCCAGGUGGAGCCCUGCAGCUCUGCCGUGCUGCAGUUUAGUGUGGAGGAAAUAGGCCAGCUAGUCCCUCUGCUGCCCAACCCCUGCACCCCCAUCAGCGGCUCCCGCUGGCAGACAGAGGACCUGGAUGGAAACAAAGUUCUCUUCCAGGUGAAAACCCCGGCUCAGCCUCAGCGACCUCUGACCUGUGCUUUCCCCCUGACCUGCCCCAGCGUGCCCCCCCGAGGGGUGCAGCUCAGGAGCCCCAGCCUGUCGCCCUGCAGCCUCACAAUGCCCCGGCACACACACAGGCAGGGCCUCAGACCGCGCAGUGACCCCGCCCUGGAGAAGCUUUAUGGAGGGGGGGUAGCAGAGAGCCAGGGGUCAGGGAGCUGCUGCAGCACCCCUCCAGGCAGCUCCUGUUACUCCUCCCAGCGCAGCAGCCCUGGCCUGGACGAUCUGGAUCUGGAUAAUUUUGACCUGGAAGACAUCGACACCUCGGACAUCAACCUGGACGAGGAUUUGAGUGAUUAG